GGGCUUUACGGUUUCAGGCUAAUUUGCCUAUUUCUUUUUGGGUUGCGCACCUUUGGAUGUCUUUGCUAUGCCUAUAAUUUGAAAUCUAAAACUGAUAAAUUCGGUAGUCGCAGCCGCAAGUGUGUUUUUGUUGGGUAUGUUUUUGGCAAAAAGGGAUGGCAUGUUUUUGACUUGGAUACACAUGAAUACUUUGUAUCCCGUGAUGUUAAAUUUCUUGAAGACCAAUUUCCUUUUGCGGAUUCGCCACCCCCUUUGGCCUCGGAUUCAGACGAACUUAGUGCCUCUCCUCCGAUUUUGCCAGCAACGUAUGAUGAUGUAUUAGAUGUGGCCUCCCCAGCCACGAAUGUUCCUCCCGUGGACACGAUCCCGGUUGAUGUUCCUCCUGUUACUACCUCGGUUGAUGUACCACCAGAUAUGUUGUCUCAUGUGGAAGAAAAUAUCCCUUUGGGUCGCGGUUUGCGUGCUAAGCAGUCUUCGGUCCGUCUGAAGGACUAUGUUACUCAUACAGUUAUUCGACAGAAUCCCAUUUCUCCCUCUCCGACUCCAUCAGCUUCCGCAGGUACACCGUUU